CCAUCCAUUCCCACGCCUGCUGUAUGCGUGUAGCAUAUACGGUUCCAUGAACCGAGAAGUCCUCGCACUUCGCGUCUGAUACACUAUGAAGGCUCUCGUGUUGCUGGUCGCCCUGUCCCUGGCGUAUGGAGACCAUCUGGACGACAUCAAGCAGUUGAUGGACGCUGUAAAUGAGACCAACUGUCACCAUAAAAGCUCAACUGACCUACAGCUUCCACACAGCGUUGUCACGCACAUACCAGUGUAUGAAGAUGGAGCUAGAGAAAUGUUUGCCAACCGAUCUCUCGCAAUGGAAGCAUAUAAAAUGACCUUGAACCGAGGCUUCUUUUUCUCAAUCAUCUACCAGAAAUUGAAUAAGUCCAGCGACUUCGCGAAACAGCCCGACCUCGUCUACACAUAUCUCUCCGCCUUGAGUGACGUCACUUCCGGACCUGAUGCUAUCGUGGGGUCUGGAAUAUAUUACGAUAAGAACACUUCGUAUCCAAAUUUUUACCGAACCCUACCUUUCAACCUCACAUUACCUUUGUUAGGUGCUUACGCGAACCGUAUGCAGGGUGGUAUUAGGGUUGAAGACGACAGCAUUCGUAAUUACACACGGCCUGCAAGCGGGUCUACUGCCGACAUCUGGUAUAAUCCCUGGCUUCCUGACUUGAAAGCAGACCUUAUGCCCAAGGACGUCUAUGGAAUAAGUAUUAUUGGAGAUGACGGCAAUGUCUCAACGUUUAUUUUUUACGGUCCAAGUUCCAUAUUGGAUAGUGAUAAUAAAACGAUGCCAGUGAGGUUAACUAAUCCCUAUUUUGACUGUGGGCGGACAAACAAAUGGGUUGUGAGUGUGACGUCACCUAUAACAGAAUAUCUCCCUCGGUACACACCAUGGCACCAUCUACAGAGAUCGCUAUAUGUUGCUGAAUCCACAGUCGAGAUUGAUUUCACAAAAUUCGAUAUCAACCCGUGUCGGCCUUCCUUAGGGAAUCCUACCCCUAAUUAUUUUGCAAGUAUCGACUUCUGCAAAGGUACAACAGAAUGCCAGCCGCUGAGCGGGUUCGGGUUAAACCAUGGCGGUUACGAGUGUGUGUGUCGACCAGGCUACCGCUACAAGAACGACACCCAAACGGAGCCUUUCAAAGGCGUGGACAUGGAACAGGGAACGGCCCUUGACCUCGUCCACGGGUUCGAUUGUGAGAAGAUAGACGAAGUCAUUAUCGGAAAGAGGGAACAGUCUGUAUUAACGGACAAGGAUUUCCUACAGAAGCUGAGGGUCCUGAACAUAACAGCUGAUAACUGCCGUUCCAGAUCCCCCAGUGACCUUGUUCUCCCCUACAACGAGCAGUUACUCAAGCAUUUCAAACCUCAAGGUCGCGUGGCAGUUCGUCUAGCUCACUUCCUAAGCAGCUUUCUUCAAACACAGUUCAACCCAGGAAAAGAUAGUCAGCUGAAACCUCAGCAAAGUCUGAACAAGGACCAAUUGUUUGCUGAAGUCGCUGCCAAUGUUCUUGGUGAUAUUCAGAUAGUUGCGAGUGAUGCCUACAUCAUGCUAAGCACCAAGGAUAUUGUAAGUGUGUAUGUAACCAAGAAGAUAUCUCCAUCUGACAAACACCCGAAUGAUCAUGUUGUGAAGUCCUCAUCCAUGACGAAUAUGACAGAGUCUGUCUUCUCAGAUGAGCAGAAUGUAUGGAAAACGGCUGUGUCUGGUCUGAGAACAAUCAAUGCCGAGCCAUGGAUGAAGAUUAUACCUAACGCAAAGACCCUGACCCAGAUGAAGACUUGGACGUUUAAAGUUCCGGAUUAUGAACAAGGCAAGUGGGGAGCCCCGACAUUUGUGUGUGACAGUCGUGUGAUGGAGUGGACGCUGAAGUACACCAUCCCGGUAUUUGGAGCCGGUGAAACUGGAAGCAGCGUCAAGUUCAGGGGAGCAGUGUCGGUGUCAGUGUCUGUGCCCAUGUCCCUGCUCAGUGAUGUGUAGACACAGCCAAAGGAAUCUUGCAAGAAAUAAAUCGAUUUUAAAGGUUUUA